AUGUCAUCGACGGUUCCUCCCAGAUCAGGACAUUCAAAUGCAUUCUUGCAUGGCUUACCUUGGAGUCAGCAAAUUGUGCUCUUUGACACCUUGAUUGACCAAAGUACCACAGAAGAGAUCAUCGCUGUUUUAGCUCAUGAAAUUGGUCACUGGAAGUUGAACCAUAUUCCCCAGCUUCUUGUUACUAACCAAGCGUCCGUUAUUUUGACUUGUGUUUUGUAUUGUGCUUUCAUGGAAAACAAGUCAUUCUUUCAUUCAUUUGGCUUUUUUCAUGAGUACCCUCCAAUGAUUGCUUUCCUUUUGUUCUCCUAUGUGAGUGCUCCAAUCGACUGUGUUGACCAGUUUGUUACUAAUUUUGUGACCAGAAAGAACGAAUACCAGGCCGAUAAUUAUGCGAAGGCACAGGGAUACAGUGAAGAGUUAGCCUCUGCUCUUAUCAAACUCGAAGUUGAAAAUCUAUCAUCCUUCAACGUGGACUGGUUGUACUCUACCUACAAAGAAAGUCACCCUACUUUGGUCGAAAGAUUAAACGCCCUUGGAUAUAUUUCAAAGGAGAAGGCUGAACAACCGCAGGUGAACUAA